AUGAGGGAAUCUAUGAAGUUGGACACACGAGCUUACAUCAUGUUCUCCUCUAUUGCACUAGCGUCAACAAUGUCAGAUCCGAACCAGAUUUCGUUCGUUCUAGCCUUCUUGUGCAGCGCUUUCGCCGCUUGUUUCGCCGAGUGUUGUACCAUUCCUCUGGACACAGCUAAGGUCAGGCUUCAGCUACAAAAGAAGGUAGGGGUUGAUGAUGGAGUGGGUUUACCUAAAUACAAGGGCUUGCUGGGCACAGUUAAGACAAUUGCUAGAGAAGAGGGCAUUUCAGCUCUGUGGAAAGGAAUUGUUCCUGGUUUGCAUCGCCAAUGUUUAUAUGGAGGCUUAAGAAUUGGGUUAUAUGAUCCUGUCAAAACAUUUCUUGUUGGUAGUGCAUUUGUUGGAGAGGUUCCGCUAUACCAUAUGAUCCUGGCUGCUCUACUUACUGGUGCUUUAGCAAUCACGGUUGCUAACCCAACUGAUCUAGUCAAAGUUAGGCUUCAAGCUGAAGGUCAACUGCCAUAUGGGGUGCCUAGGCGUUAUUCUGGUGCUAUAGAUGCGUAUUUAACUAUAUUGAGACAAGAAGGGGUAGGGGCUUUGUGGACUGGGCUUGGACCAAACAUAGCAAGGAAUGCAAUUAUAAAUGCUGCUGAAUUAGCUAGCUAUGAUCAAGUGAAACGGACGAUUUUGAAAAUUCCAGGGUUCAUGGACAAUGUCUAUACUCACCUCCUUGCUGGCUUAGGUGCAGGUUUUUUUGCUGUAUUUAUUGGUUCUCCUGUCGAUGUGGUGAAAUCCAGGAUGAUGGGGGAUUCAACCUACAAAAGCACAUUUGACUGCUUUCUCAAGACUUUGCUUAAUGAGGGAUUUUUGGCGUUCUAUAAAGGUUUCCUUCCUAAUUUUGGUCGUGUAGGAGCAUGGAAUGUGAUUAUGUUUCUUACUUUCGAACAAGAAGUUCUACAUGACUAUAAGAAUUUGCUCGUCGAUAUUGAAAGUGCUAUUUGA